AUGAAGCUUUCUUUAUUACAUGUGAAACUUUUUCAUGACAAAAAGCCAAAUCCCAUUCUUAAAACGCGAAGAAAAAGUGCCAAAACUAAAAGUAAGUCUGAACUUGCGUUACCUGCAUGUGACAGUUAAGAGUGAAAUUCCCGGGAUUCAAUUUGAUAAUUUUAAUGUUGAGAAGGUUUACCUUUGCUGCUUGAUUUUCAGGUAAAGAAGUUCUAACAAAACCCAUUCCGAAUAGCUGCGGCUCUAUGGAUACUGCUUCCAACGUCGAAGCUGAAACAAACGACUCGGCGAGUUCGAUGAGUUUUAAUGAGUUCGAAACGUAAGUUCUAAAGGGCAAUUUAUCACAUGGCGGUUUCUUUUCAUACUGAGCAGAAUCUUUAAUCUUUCAGAUUUGCAGAUGAGGUAAAUGGCGAUAUUCCCGAAGUAGACUACCGAGGAAGAGUCAAAAGGUUUGAUCUCGAUGUGUUUGUUUAAGUUUCUUCCUUCAAUGGUUGUUGACUCUCGAUCCAAAGCAAAGCGCGUCGCUAAAGCAAGGAACACUGGUCUCUUGUUAAUUAUGUUAAGCGCUCAUUUUGUCUGCGAAACAGUCAGAUUUGUGAACGUAAAGUUAGUAGUAAACUAUAUAUUUCAGGCUAUUUAAACAUAGAUAAAGAGCAAAGAAUUUUCCGUUUUCCAUUUUCGAUUCUAUGCACGCUUCAGAGCGUACAUGAUUACUUCCAGAUUACGAGUGACGCAUCGUUUUUUUUCCGUGUUGUUGCCAAUCUGCCUCUUUGAAGUUCCUUUCUUCCGCUUUUUCUCUUCUCAGCGAGAAAUUACCGUCAGACGUGUACGAAUCCUCCAAUUCACUAUCACAGGCAAGUGAAACAUAAUUUUAUUCGAAGCGUUCACUUCAUGUUUUGUCUGAAUUGAUUAGUAAACCGGAAGUGAAGGUACAGGUGGAGUGAUCGUGGUCCCAAAGUCAGCCGAUGUGAUGUCACGCAACCAUCCUAUCGGAGGCCAAUAAAGGACGCGACGCUUAUUCUCUUACUCUUACUCUUACUUAUUCUCUUAGGACGCGACGCUUAGAUCUCUUUCUAAAUCCUCGCAGAAUGCGUCGACAAUGUUUGUUGAGUUGUAGAAUUCUUUUCUCUAAAAUUCCCCGUCCGCUGUGGCCGAUCGAUCCAUAGGAAUUUGUGGGUUUUUUGUUUACGAAAUGGAAUUAUCGCGUGCCUAGUGCCUAGUUAAGGUUUCGAAAGAUGGAGUGCGAAAGUGAUCGUCCAGAAGUGACGCUCGUUAAGAGAGGAAAAGUCAACUUUUUCGAGAGAUCAAAUGGCUUAAAAAGCUUAACACGAAAAAUGCAAUAUGUGCCACUGAUUUUUCAAGAUACGCUGAAGUUUAGUUCAUCGUCCUCUGGUGCAAAGGUAGGUUCGUAUAUGCAUCGAUGAGAAAGUUUUUGUAUAGGAACGCAACUAAAGGUCGAACAAAUAUUGUCAGCAAAUGAUCAUACUAAUAUGAUAGGGCACUUUAAUCUUAAAGCUCAGACUACAUGGCACAUACUGGAAAUAUAACUAGCGUUAAAACAUAUCUGCUUUUAGUCGUGAAAUGGACCGAUAUCAAAGUAUUUCCAGUGACAGAGGUGUUAUAGUUUUCACAAACUUUGUUUUGGACCAAAAGGAUGUUCAUUGUUGCACAACUUUACAAGACGCCUUUUGAGGGAACCUAGUGCUAGCCAUUAGCUCUAGGUUACGCAAAUUAAUUGUAACAUAUUUCUGCCUUUGUACUAAUUUGGUCGGAGACGUGUACAUUGAAGCCACAAUUUGUCGUAUCCUCUGCCUCUGCUGUUAGGCCAGUAUUAUCCUGUAUGCACGCUUUAAUCACGUUUAAUUAAUUUUGUGGGAGGUGGCGGCUAGAUCGUCUGAUGUGCAACAACUUAGUUACAGCUGAAGAAGUUUUACAUUUGGGCUGGACUUUGUUUGUUCCAAAAAUAAUUUCGGAUGCUUAUGUCAGUUUGAGCUGUGAGAAAUGGGACCUCGUGAAUUGCGCAAAAUCUUUAAACUCAGUGAUGCAAUAUCAUAAACUUGCCAUUCUAAUUUGGAUAAUUUAUUCAACUUUUGUCAAAUUCUUUCGUUAAGCUGUCAUUGUUCUUAUAUCAAUAAACUUUUUAUUACUGGAGGAUACAAAGAAUUCAAAGACUUAGGAGUCUAACUAGGCUACAAGAUAAUGCUUUGCUAAUUAGCAAUAGUUCUAAUGCAUGCAAGGGAGUUCACCCUGAGUUAAUUGAACAUCGCUGUUCUCUUAGCGGAGAAGUCAUAUUGAUUCUUUCUCCUCUUUUACUGAUUUGAAUGGGUUUCUAGGAAACUAAAGCCCAGUAUUCUCUCUUUGUGUUGAUUAUUGAGACAGUAAGACUGUUCUAUUUGGAAGUUCUCCAUACAAUAUCAAUACAAUAUCAAGCAGACAAGCAAUGAGAAUAAAGAAAAAUGUAAAUUAGGGGAUUAUUAGUUGAUCCAAUACCAAAUUCUCCAAUUAAAUAUAGAAAAAAAAAAUUGAAUGGCAGACAACAAGGAGUAUUAUUGAUAAAGAUAUUGAGAGUGAAAGGGUCAAAGAUCAUUGUCUCUACAGUAGAGGGCUGCUGAGUAAUUGUUAGUAGUAAUUGUUUCAAAGGAGUCAAUUCUUCCCUUCAUUCAAGAGAGGGACAAAAACAUAGUUACAUACAGCUCUUAAGAAGGAGUUUGAUGUCUUAACUUCUCUGGAUAUAGAAAGUAAUGGUUAAUUAUAGAAAUGUAUAUUUUCAUUGUGAGAAAAAAAAAUUUCAUUAAAUGCAUCUGCAAGAAUCAAUGUAGGAUCUUAGCCACAAACCUUAUUUCACAGCACCAGCUUAGAAAAUUACAGGACAUGGUAUGUUGUUAAAAAAAAAGAUGUUGAGAGCAUCAGGCUAAAGAAGGACAAAACUCUGUCAGUGAGACUAGAUUUAUAAUAAUCAGCUUUGUUUUUCUUUUUCAAUUUUUUUCACAGUCACAACUUCUCAAAUCAGAUAGGACACCAAACUUUAUCAAGGUGAGCCAGCUUUGUACUGUUACAAAUUUUAAUAAUUAGUUUGAAAGAUAAUUGAAUAAAUACAAAUUUGGUGUUUAUGAUUUUUCAAAAUUUCCUGAUAAUGUGUUUUAAGAAUGUGAGUCAAAAUUUUUUUUUGGUUCAAUCUUCACUGUGACUUAGAAAGGUUACUUGUUUUUCUGUGCAAUGUGGCUGUUUUGUUAAUAACCUGUUGGAAAAUGGUACAGUAUAAUUCAGUCAUGUCACGGUGUUAGGUCUUUAUAAAUCUUCAUGGCUCUUACAGAGUCUUGAAUUCAUGAAAAAUGUACAGAAACUUUGAAAGUUACCAGUAAACUAGCUCAAGACCUAGAGAAAUAAAGAAUAUUCAGUUUACAUGUUGACAAAUAAUUACUGGCAUAUAAAUCUGGAGUUCUUUCUUUUUUCAAGUGGCAGCAAAAUUUGCGUGCAUUUUCUUGUGAAUGAAAUCUAAAGAAAACCACCAAAUUUAAAUAAAUUAUGACAAAAGGUCCAAGACCUAGAAAACCCUUAAAAACUGUUUUUUUGCUCAGGCCAGGCUACUUGACACAUGACCUUGAAAGUGUUGAGAACUGAAAGUCAUUAUUAAUAUUAGUCUUGAAAAAGUCUGGAAAAAGUCUUGAAGUUUGUACCCAAAAUGAAGAAUUAAAGAUCAUGAAUCUUUGAAAAAAGUUUAAAAAAUCUUCAGAAAAUGUCUUUACAAAGAUCCAAAGGUGUCUGUAAAGGUUCCUCAAUUUCUACCUAGGACCCUACUAAGAUAUUGAAAGAUUACAGUUUGCAAUGUCUUGGAAAGAGUUUUAAGGUGUUUCUCCAUCUAAAAAUUAUUUACUAAAUACUUGCUAGAAUAAUAACCACUUACCAUAAAAGCUUUGUGCUCUGGAAAUGUCAAAUCUUUCAAGAACCAUUCGUUAAUGCAACUUUCUUUAUCUUAAUGGCUGGCUUUAGAAGUUUUUAAAUAUUAACAAAUUGCCAACAAAAAGACCCAAAAUUAUCAUAAACAACAGUAUUAAAAGUCAUUUUAAUGAUUAUGGUAAUUGACACAGAACAAGUGCAAAUGUAAAGAUGUUAAUGUGUGACAAGAGAAGGACUUUAAGGUUGUUUAUUGACAGCGGUGUAAAUAAAUGGCGUAUUCCUUGUGAAAGUCACUUCAAAAUCAUAUAUUUUUAUCAUUUUUUAUUACCUGUAAGGUUAUCUGUCCUAUUCCAUGAUAUAGAUGUAUAAGUUAGAUCCACUAUUUGUAAGUAAUAUGUUUCUGAUAAAAUGAAUGGAAAUAUAGUUUUGUUUCCUACACAGUAAAUAAUCUGAGUGAAUUUGAAGUCUCCACCCAGCCAGAAUGCCAAAGCAGUUUUAUUUAAUUUUCAAAUGUUCUGGCCACUCACUGAACACUGCUGUAAGUGCUAAGUGCUUUUAUGUUCAGUUAGCUGUCAAUAUAUAUUGUCUUCUUAUAUGUUGGAGUCACAUACAAUUUAACCUCAGGUAGAAGUUUAAUUAUUCCUAUUAACAUAGACUCUUAGUUCUCUUUGUCCCCAAGUCCUGGUAAUAAUUUAGUAUGGUUAUGACACAAAAUAUGAAAACUUGGGAUCAGCAUAAAUAUAAAUUUUCUUAAACCUAAAAUUAAAAUUUAACAGCAACAUAUACAUUCACAUUUUGUACCACAACUGCAUUUUAAGGUGUAAUGUCUCUAUGGAUAUUAGCCAAGAAGGUUAUUGGAUGUGAUAAAUUAUUAAGUUGACACAGUGUGAUAUAAUUGACAGGUGGUUUUGUUUUACAAAACAGGUAACCUCCAAAAGUAAAGAGAAAAAUUAAUUUAUAUUUUUAUUUUGCUUGUUCUUGAUGUCUUGGGCAUGUGUAAAUUCUUUGAAAUGCUCUAAAUGUGGCUGUACUGUUUAACUAGAAGGAAAAGGAUUUGAAAGGGCAAAUCUUAAUCUCUUUCAUGGUUUUUAAUCCUAGUUAAGAAUUUAAUUCUGAUAUUAUCUUAGAUUUCCAUGAAUUUUUUUUUGUUCAAAUGAUUCAUCUGCAUUCUUGCCUGGCUUAAAAGUAUUGAACACUUGGAUUUUGUACCUAACAGUUUACCUUCAGUUGAGAGUAACAAAAGUGUUUGUAUUCAUCUUCCCAUGUGACAAGUCUAAACAUUUAAGUUACGUUGUCUUCAUUCAACCAUCAGGAGUUCUAUUGGGUUAUUUUCUUUACAUAAGACAAUUUACUUUGGGAUAAAUGCUACUACCAAUUGUAUUCUUUCACCUGCCACUUGUUUGUAGCCAAUCAGGAGCAACCUGUCAUCUCUGUGGUCUGUUUCUGAACACUGGUUUAUUUUAAGCCUUGAAUUAAUUAUCUGCUUGUGAAAUGAUUUUGACCGGUUUGUUCCUCACUCGAACCAAGUCUGCAUAAUGUCUCAUGCAUUUCAAUUAAAAGUGAGGACACACCGAAGGUCCUUUCCCAAAUUACCAUGAAUGCAGGGAAACGAAAACUAAGGCGGCGGAAUGCAGUAUUUGGCCGAUCUAAGGAUGAUAGUUUCCAAGUCACAAGCAAAGCACGAAGGAAAGGAGCUAACUCACAGAACAGAUGGGUAAAUUGACAUCAACAUUUCCUGUUUAUGAAAAGCUUUUAUUAAAACUCUAGAAGGCUUGAAUUCCUAAACUAAUGACUUACUUGUCAACUAUUAUAAGAAUCUUCAUUCUUAAACUACAAGCUGCAGUUUUAAGUUAGUAAAAUUUCAAAAUUAUAGCAACCUACUUCUGCAUGGUUUCCUGCGUUCACAUGUGAAUGAACUGUCAGAUGGCAGUCAUCCAGCCAAGAUUUUCAGCAAAAAUAACAAAUAGGUGGCUUACAGAACUCGAACCAAAAAAAAAAUUUAUAUCUCAGAGCAUGUUUCAUGGUUUUCGAAAAUAUUCUUCAACUCAAAAAUUUUAAAAGACACAGACUGAGUGUUAUUUAUUUGUGAAAUGGGUAAAACUUUUAUUUCAACCCUCAGAAUUUUUGGCUAAUUUGUGGCUCAGUAUUUUGUCCUUAAUACCUUUAGAAUUGGGACUGCAUUAUAUUCUCAGAAUUGCAGGAAACCCAUUUUGAGAAUGCUUGGUUUGGAAAUCAAUUCUGAUGGCUUGUAGUGUAUAAAUUAUUGAUUCAAAAGGAAUAGCCAUGAUGGGGUAAAUGCUAGUGUCCAAGAUAUGAAAGUUUUCUUAAACUGAGCAUUUUGAUCUAAUCUUUGAAUUCAAAGUCCUUUAGCACUUCAUAUCUAUUUCUGGUGAUAGAUAUAUGCUGGGCAGUAUGGCUCUAGUCGGCUUAUUCAAACAAAAUUCUAUGGUGAGACAUUUACCAUACAGUAUUUAUGCACACAUCAAUACAUAUUAUACAUUUUACAUUUUUGUGAAGACCAGUGCUAUACACUAACCUAAAUUAGGUUAAUGUUUAAAUUUAUUUUAAUGAUAAUAGAGUUGUGAAGUUUUCCCAAAGGUUUUUACAAACCGACAAGUUGAAAUUGAAAGUUUGCCCUGAAACUGUAUAUCAGAGGUUCUUUGUGGUAUUAAAAAUAUUUUGAGGGAUGUUUACCUGUCAUUCUUUUGUAAACACAGAGUUUCAUCCGUCAAUAACUUUUAUUAACCAUUGCUUAGAUUUAACUUGUCAAUGCUAAAACACCUGAUGUUGAUGUCUAGCCUUAGUGUUGUAGUCCAUUUGAAUUUUAAUACUAAUUUUAAUUGGCCCUGAUACAAUUCAUUUCCAAAAAGUGCCAAAAUUGAACAGCUGUUGCUAUUUUUUGUAUUAACAUAGCUGUGCUACUGCCUAACCAUAAAGCAAAAAAUUAUGGUGGCACUGCAUUUUAUAUAACAAAACUUCUUGUUCACAUAUGAUGGUCUGACAGCUCUCUGUGCUGAGAAAUUUGUUAUUAUUUGAAACUCACAGGACCUGUUAGUAGGACAAAUAGUGGCUUUUAUGAUAUGGGAUGGUUAAAAACAGUAUGAAAGUUGUUGGGCUAGUUCAGAAAAUGUUUUAAAUCAGGGUGAUACGUGGCAUAUGAUUUUUGACCAUGAUAGUUAUAUUAUUUUAAUAGUAAAUAACGUGAAACUAAGCAAAUAAGUGGCAUAUUCUGAUAAUCAUUUAAGCAAAUAAUCAUACUUAGUAAGACAACCUUUUGAAUGCCAGGAUUUAAUAAAUUUAGGUGUUGAUUUGUCACUUUUUGGGAUGUACACUAUGGUGCUAAACUGGCACCAGUUCAGUUUUGACCUGUAUUUUGUUGACACAGUUCACAUUGAUUCACAGUUUUUGUUUUUGGUUAUUUUUUUUUUACUUGCAGUCUUUACUGUCAACACGGACUCCCUAUGAAGAAUUUCACCGUCUUUUUAAGAGUGUUCCAAUGGACCAGUUCCCCAUAAAUGGUAAGUAUAUGAACUUACAUUUAAUAAAAUAAUAUACAUGCCAACAUUGAUGAAAAGGUUUGAUGAAAAGUCCUUUUGAUUCAAAAAACUUUUGAGUGUUGCACUCUUGAUUAUUUUAUUUAUUAUAAGAGAAUGUCUAGAAAUUUUGAUUUUGUCAUCGUGCCAUUCUGUAGUGUCUGCAUUUACUUCCAGUUUAACCCCCCCAAAAAUUGUUUAACAUGUAACAUUCAGUUGUUUAACCACUUUAGAUUAUUAUUUUUUAUUUGAGUUAUGAAUUUCUCUUUUUAGAUUUUUCCUGUGCUCUAAGUCGUGAAAUUCUACUCCAAGGAAGAAUCUACAUCACACAAGGAUGGUUCUGUUUUUAUUCAAAUAUAUUUGGUUGGGAAACACAAGUAAGUUUAAAACCUUUGUCCAGUAUUGAUUCCCUUUUAUAUCCUAUUUUUACUUCUAUUUUUGAUGUUUUUUCAUAUUAAAAGAAUAUUUAGAAGACUUGUAAUUACUCCUGGCCAGAGUAAUUGCUGGUGAUCAUGGCAGGCUGUGAUCUCUGAUUGGUUGAGUGUUAUCUCAUAUCUUAAUGCUAUAAUCAUAGAGUUUUCAGGUCUUAUUUCCACUACUGCUUAAGUAGUGUUCAUUACUCCGAAGAUCGCUUUCAUAUUCACAUCUUUAUCCACAGUUUACAUCAUUCUAUGAUUUUCAUACAUUCACAGUCAGUUUUCAUUUCACUCAAGAAACGAAGUAGGGGAAGAAUGUUGUUAGUUGAUUGGGAAAUAUAACUUUGAUAUCUAAAUAAAGAAAAAGCUGAAGAAUUCUGUUUAGCAGUGAGUGAAUUAUCGAAUCUCUGAAGAACACCUUGAAUACCCUUGUGUUCGCUGACUUAGGUUCCCAAUGCAGCACUCAGUUUAAAAAAAAAUGAAUGGACACCUUAUAAUUUUUUUAUAUGUCUCUGAAGAAGAAAAUAGUAAUUAUUAUGAAAACUUAAGUUCUGUAGCUCUCAAAUUGAUAUUUUACUAAUGGCUUUUAAACGUUACAUAGAAUAUAACAUUCUCAAGAAAUGCUCAGCUGAUUGGUCCCUCAAACUUUAUUUCAGCAUUAUUUAACCCUUUACACCCUAACAUCAGUAUCCAUAGUCUCUAUACUCUUCUCUAUACAUUUCCUUGAGUACUGACAAGGAGAAUUUGUUUAACAAUCAAAGCUUCUUUGGUUGGCGAUCAUUUGCUUUAUUCUCAUGAUCUUAAUGAAUGGUUCAACUGUAUGACUGUAAAGAGAAAUUAGAUGCUGGUCACUCUCAGGGUUUAAAGGGGUUAAUGACCGUAUUCAGUUAGCCUGGGGCAAAUAAUUGUUAGUAUUAUUAAGAAGGAAGAAUUAAAUGUAUUGACUGUUUUUCAUUGAAUUUGUUUUACUCAGGUAACAAUAGACUGUACUAAAAUUCAGUCCAUAACUAGGGAGAAAACAGCUUAUGUUGUACCCAAUGCAAUUCUUAUCUGUACUGAUGAGGAAAAGGUUAGCUCAUUGCAAGUUGUUUUUGUUAUUGGUAUUAAUUAUGUGGUGUGAUAAUCUUAAUAAUAUUAUAACUUUGUUGUUAGCAAAGUUAGGGACUGCUUGUAUGACAAACAGAUUCCAUGUUGCCAUGUGUCUGUUAAGUAAUAGAUCACAGAUGAUGUAAAUAUGUGGCUAGAACGAAAAAGCAACACACCACCAGGUGCAGCCAGGUGUGUUGCUGAUGUUCUCACCACAUUUGGAUGUCUUCUGUAAUCUAUUACUAACAGCACCUGAACAAACCCACAGCAACAUGGAAUCCAUGUUUUAUGUGAUAAAACAAGCAAAAGGUUGUUAUUGGUGAGGCCAUAUAUACAUCUUUCCUCCAAUAGAUCUUAACCCUUUACACCCUAAGAUCAGUAUGCACAUUCUCCAUACUGUUCUACAUAUAUUUCCUAAGAUGCUGACAAGGAGAUUUAAUUGCUUAACAAUCAAGAGCUCUUGUAUUUGUUGAUCAUUUCCAUUACUCUCAUGAACUUAAUGUAUGAUUCAGGGCUGAUACUGUAAGGAGAAAUAAAUCACAAAUUUACUCUGUAACUGAACUGUUUUUCACCUUUUGCAGCACUUCUUUUCAUCGUUCUUAUCCAGAGAAACUGUCUACAAACUCCUCCUUCAGGUGUGGGAUGAAGUAAAAACUAAGAAUCAGGUUAGUACAUGAGGUCACUUAACUUAUUCCAGGUCUGAUUGAUUUCUGUUUUAUACCUUUAGCUGGUUACUGGUAACUUGUAUCAGUCAUACUUAUUUACAGUUAUAAUAGGUACUUUGAAUGCUCCAUCAUCACCAUGUAGCCAUUGUCAUUUCUCUCUGAUCUAUGCCUUUUUAACUUACUGAAUGGCCUGAUGAAAGUGUGUUCAUUGUUUAGUUAGUAAUUUCUUGUGAACAAAGAAGACUGAUAAAAAAGAAAUUUGAAAUUUAGAGUUGUUACACAUUACUAAAAGCUAGUGCCUUGGUUGAAAAAUAAAAGAAGUUUCUAAUAAAUAGUUGUGAUCUAUUGGUACUUGAUGUUGUGAAUUUGUUUCUUUAAUUCAGAAAAUGGAUGAAGCUGAUGGAGAGAAUCAGGUGAGUAGUAGUUAUCUUGAGAGUUCAAGAUUUGAUUUUUUGAUUAAAACUGUUGGGCUUUCAUCCAUUGAGGGGUAAUUACUUUAAGACUUUUGCUUCAUUAUAAUUUAUCAACUGAAGAUGCUGGAUAGGAGUGCUUUAAGGCUCAGAAGAGGAAUAUUUGAUAACUCAAAUAUAUCAUUACUCACAGUGAAUACUUUUAAAAUGAUUUUACAGCAGUUUGUGUGUUAAGUAAUUAAUAUGUAUUGUACACAUGCUCACAUGUGACCUAUUCUCUCCCAGCAAACUGAAGCUGGUUCUCCAUCAGAAGAUAAAGAUGUGUGGGAAGAUGAAGAUGAAGAUGAAGAACAGAACAUAGAGGAAAACGAUGGUACAUUGAUAGAUGUUACCACCUUACUGAUUCAACUAUAAUGUGUUUAACAUGUUUAAUGACUCUGUUAAUGGUUGUGUUUUCAAUGAAAUAUAAGUGCAAUUAAUCUGAGAUGGACAUUAAUAUUUCUGGUUUUUUAGUCAAUUUUUACAAUUUGUAAGUUUUAAUGCUCUGGAAAUUCAAUAUGAGGAAACUUAAUUGGUUAAUAUGAAACAUUUGAAAAUAUUUUUAAAUUUCAACUUUUCUUCCAGUCAAUCAGCAACGUAGGACUAUAUGUACAUGUUCUUGACUGUGUUUCUGUAUAGGUUCUAGUUGAAGAACUGAUAUAUUAACCUUUGAACUCCUAGAAGUGAUUAACAUACAACUUCUCCCUAUAACAUCCAUACAUUAUUCAGCAAACAGGUAAUGAGAAUAUUCAAACUUAUCUGGUAGAAGUUGUUAUCUUGAUCUUGGAUCAAUUGUAACUAAUUUACAAGCCAGGGAAUGUGUAGUCGUUAGGGGGGAGAAUUUAGAGUCAGAUCUUGGGUUAAGGAGUAAAUCGACUUUAACUCUUCAUAUUAAACAUAUUUUGAGUUGCAUAAUUUUAUUGCAGAUCAUGAUCUUCACUUUACAUUUAUGUCAUUUCAUAUGUAGAUGAAGACCAUGAGUGCAGUGCUGGUGGUCCUGGAGAAAAUGCUGGUCAUUGCAAGAAAUGUGAACAAGCUAGAAAAGCAUCCUCUGAAAAUUUAUCAAGAAUUAAAGAUGUGGAUGAGGAAGGAAAAAUGGUGAUGAGUAAAAGAGGUGGCCAUAUUUCACAUCUGGGUGAAAAAAGCUCCGUUUCUAGAUGUCAAGACCCUGCAAAAAUUACUGGCUGUGGUAAGAGCAGCAUUCAUUUGAUGUGUGUAUUAAUUAUCAAUUAUUAAAUAAUAGUUUGUUAAACUCCAACAGCACUUUCUAAUUAAGAUAUAUAUGUUCAGUGAUAGUUUUUGUUAUUCAUAGUUUGAAAACUUAAAUAAUUCAUAACUAAGUAAUCACAGCUUAUUGCUGGAAAGUUUAUUGUCAUUUUUAAUGUUUUGUAACUGUUAUCAUUGUAAUAUUUUGUAACUUUCUGUUAGUGGUAUUUAUCUGGUUGUUUGUUUGUAAUUUGCCUUUUUCGUUCUAUUGUUUACUUAUGGUGUGUGUAUUUAUUGUAUUUUGCUUAUUUUUCAGCUGGUGCUGCAAUGUUUUUAGCUUCAGUAGCUGAAACUGUUUACUCAUACUUUCAAGUCAGCCUGCGUUUAGUCAGAAGGUGGGUGAAGGCACUGCAGUAUUUAAUGGACAUGUGAAUCUUAUUUGUAAGUGUAUAGAAGUUAAAAGUUACAAUAUUAUGUAUAGUUUGUAACAGUUUCCUUUGUAUUUUAGAAGUAUCUGAAUGAUACUUGUUCUGAAAAUUUGACAUAAGAUAAAAGACAAGAGAAAAUGCUCAGAAUAUUUAAACAUUGUUAGCUGAGAGAAAUGAAAGAUUUUCUUGACCAAUAGCAAGAAAUAACUGAUAUUAAUGCCAUAAAGUUUAUUAUAUCAUUAUAAGGUUAUUAUUAAACUUUCUAUUACUUUAAUGUUUUUACUAAGUGGAAACAUUACUUUUUGCACACUGGUCAAACUUUGUCUUUGCAGACUUACAAGGGAACAGCUCUUUUACAUAACUACUUGUUUUCUGUAAGUACUAAGAGUUUUUAUCAAACUCCUUUGAUGUAAGCAGCUCUCAUUAAAGUUUCUUUUAAUUUGUAAACCUCAUGAUUAUAAUAAUUGUGGCAACAAUGAAGGCGGUGAUUAUGUCAAUGAUCAGGUCAAUGAUGAUGAUAAUGUUUGUUUGUUUUAUCAUGUUUAAGUGUCAUUGAGACUUACAUGUACAGUGAAAGAUUGAAUAUAUUUUAAUUUUGUUUCAGAAUAACAUGUUUAAUAAUGUGCAGUUUAUUCCUGCUUCAACGUAUUUCCAUAUUGGAACCUAAAAUCAUGGCACAAUUAUCUUAUCCUCCAGAAAAGAUUCUUCUGUAAGUUGGAUUGACGAAGGUUUUUAUUAGUUUUGUAUGAGCUUUAGGUAAUGUUGUUCUCAUUUACCAAGAAACUUCGUACUAUAUUCCUUGAUAAGCAUAAAAUGCAUAUAACAAUAGAACAUUUGGAUUGAGCGUUCUAGAAAAAACCAAUUAAUUAGUAAGUAAUUGCAGCAGCCAAUUAGAGUGAAGGAAAAUAUCACAAGGAACCAAUCAGAACUCAAGUAAGAACAAGAUUUACUUCAUCAAGUGAUUGUGCAAGCAACUUAAAGGAAAUUAGUUUUAGUUUUCAGAGGGUACUGUAGUAGGAGUUUUCCAAACCAAUUGCAGAGUAAAGUUAAACAGAUGAUUCUAUUGUUAUUAUUCAGAUGAUAUCUGAUAUUUAUUAUUUAUUCUUAUUGAUAAUUAUCUUGAUGUUAAUUUUUUUUCCAGUCAAAAGUCAAUGCAUCAAUUGUGGAAACUUCGUCAGGAAGUUUUUGAUGCAGAAAUAGUUAGGUGAGGAUAUUUCUGACUUUUCUUGGAUUAACAUUUAUUCUACCCUAGCCAUAUACUACUCCAGCAACUGUGAGAAACAAUGACUCCAAUUUUUUAAUUGAAUUUCAUUCCAAGAUAAAACAUUCAGUUUUAUACAACCACAAAGUAAUCUAUGUCACAUGAUUGAUGACUACAUGGAAUAAUGUUUUAUUUUGUUUUACAGAUUUAAAACAAUUGUAGCAGCCAAUUUGAAUGCAAUCACACAGGUAUGUCACUUGUUCACUAUCUAGAUAAUCUUUAAGUCUAACUUAUUAUGACCUGAUAUAAUUAUAUGGAAUACUCCAAGGUGCAACCAGUUUGGUUGCAUGGCAAGAAGAAAAAAUAUUUGUGUCUUAUCUUGCAAGGAAAGUUGCCAAUUUUGUGACCUGCAAUGUCCCUUCUUCUUAUGGCUAAAAUUUUAUUUCUGCAUGGUGACCAUUUUAUCAUUUUAGAUUUCCAACUUGUCAUUUUAAUAACAAUUAAGCCUAAAGCCCUAACAAGAUUGUAAAAUGAUGAACAAUCUAUUUUAAUGACCAAAGCAUUUUUUUUACUUUCCUGUAGGUGCGGCAAACACUCAAAAUGUUGGAGGAUGAUCUUGAUGCUCAUAUGAGUAGAAAUUGUACUUUACUUGCAAACAAUGUGUGUGUACAAAUUUGAGAACAGGGACUUCCUCUUAAGCCUCGAUUACAGAACACUGAUGUCAAGUACUUUCAUCAUACAUCAUUGUCUACAUAGAAAAUCUGCAAAUCUGAAACAUCAACUACCCUCUCCAAAACUUUCAAGUAGCCUGAACUCAAGUUGCCUGUGUUCCAAAGUGCAACCAACUUGAAAUGAAUUUAAAUUUAGGUGCUCUUUAAGACGCAUUUUCAAAUUGGUUAUUUAUUAUUGGCAAACGGUAGUUUUAUGAGCAGUGUAUUUAUUCCAUAAGUUUUAUAGAAAUAUAUAAAUUGGCGAGAAGUAUUUUGUAUUUAAUACAUUUGAAUGAUGACGAAGAGGUAAAUACUGAAAAUAAUUUUUACAUAAUAUUCAUUCUUAAAUGACAGUGAUUUGAAGUGACUGAGGCAAAGCCUUAUAAACUAGAAAAAAGGGAAGAAGUGGUAAAAUUACAUAACUUUCAUCAGAUUUAUUUGAAAGAACAGUUGAAAACUAUUGUCCUUUCUAUGGCAACAAGUACACUGAAACAUUUGAAAUGAGCCUCGACAGUGCAGGCAUUGUCAUUUCUCAGCUAAAGCAGCCAAGCUGCUGGAGUUUUCAAGGGUGAAUAUUUUCAAAAAGUGUACAGUUUGGUAAAGUUAGGGUUUUUCUUGAUAUCAAGUCAUGGGAAAUCAGCUUGGGUUAGGGAAUUGUUCAUUACACGGCAAUUUUUAUGAUCAUCAUGUAUGUUUAACAAAGAAAUUGUAAUUUCUAUCAUCAAAACACAGUGUGAGGAAAUGCACAAAGUAGAUUCCAUGAAUUUUAAUUAAUAGGUCAGUUACUGUACGUACUUUAGUCAAAGGAGCAGAAAAGAUGCAGAUCUAUUAGGAAAUGGUAAAUUUUAAGAUAUUAGAUAUAAUGCAAUUUAAUAGGGAAUAUUUGAAAGAAUAAAAACAAUGAAC